GACUGGUGGCACUGGGUAGCUCUAGAGAGUGGGGCGCGGCAGAGGACGUCAGACCAGAACUGGGGAGGAUGUUCCGGCAUCACUAUCGCACCAGUGGAGGAAGCACCUGCCUACCACGCGCUCUCACCUAACCCGGGCGGGGAUCUCCUCCGCCCCUUCUGCUGGCCUUUCGAGGAAAGUGAAAGUGAAAGGGGGAAAAAGGGGGUUUCAGGGCUGAGGAGAUCGCCGCGCCAUGAAGCUCCUGUCCCUACUCCUCGCUGUGUCUUUGGGCUUGGAGGCCAUGGUGUCCGCGGGACCAGCAGUGAUAGAGUGCUGGUUUGUGGAGGAUGCAGGUGGGGGCCGCCUGACCAAGAGACCCGCAGCAUUGUUGUUGCGCCAAGGCCCGGGGGAACCACCUCUCCGGUCAGACCUCGACCCUGAGCUCUACCUCAAAGUGCACGAUCCUGCGGGCGCCCUCCACGCGGCCUUCAGGCAGUACCCUUUGAGUGCCCCUGCACCACACUGUGAGGUGAGCCGCUACAUCCCUCUCCCUGCCUCGGCGAAUUGGGCCAGCGGCCUGACCCCGGAGCAGAGCUGCCCGCGGGUCCUGGACGGUACUUGGCUCAUGGUCAGCAUAUCCAGCCCGGUCGUCAGCCUCUCCAGCCUCCUGCGACGACAGUCCGAGUCACAGCGGGAGCCUGCACUCAUCACCAUGGCAACAGCUGUGCUGACUGUUGUCACCCAUACCCCUACCACUCGAAUCCGACUGGGACAAGAUGCUGUGCUGGACUUGAGCUUUGCCUACAUGCCCCUCACCCCAGAGACCACUGCAUCUCUGGCACCAGGUCCUCCCCCCUUUGGUCUGGAAUGGAGACACCAGCACCUGGGUAAGGGGCACCUGCUCCUGGCUGCAACUCCUGGCCUAAGUGGGCAAAUGCCAGCUGCCCGAGAUGGGGCAGUGGCAUUUGCUGCCUGGGAUGAUGAUGAGCCAUGGGGUCCAUGGACUGGAAAUGGAACCCUCCGGCUGCCUUCAGUGCAGCCCUUCCAGGAAGGCUCCUAUCUAGCUACAAUACAUCUGCCAUACCUACAAGGGCAGGUCACCUUGGAGCUUGCUGUACAGAAGCCCCCAAAAGUGUCCCUGAUGCCAGCACCUCUUGUAUGGGCUGCUCCUGGGGAGGUACCCCCAGAAUUGCUUUGCCUUGUGUCCCACUUCUAUCCCCCCGAGGGCCUAGAGGUGGAGUGGGAACUCCGAGGUGGCCCAGAGGACAGCUUUCAGAAGGCCAAGGGACAAAGUUGGCUUUCAGCCUUGCGCCACCACUCAGAUGGCUCUGUCAGCCUCUCCGCGCACCUGCAGCCUCCCUCAGUCACUGCCUCUCAGCAUGGGGCACGCUAUGCCUGUCGUGUCCACCAUCCCAGCUUGCCUACCUUGGGGCGCAGUGCUGAAGUCACCCUGGAGGUGGCAGGUCUCUCUGGACCCUCCCUAGAGGAUGGCAUAGGUCUCUUCCUUUCUGCCUUUCUGCUCUUGGGACUCCUCAAAGCACUGGGCUGGGCAGCUGCCUACCUGUCUACUUCCAAGGAGUCGAAGGAGAAGAAAGCACAGUGAGGUUCACUCACCACCAUCCUGGGGAAGCCACCAUCAUCUCUGGCCUGAGCUACUGUGGUAGUUGCCCUCCUCAAAAUAUGCCAUCACACGCUCCUGCUCCUUUCAAUCUCUCUCCACUGAGCUGCCAGAAUGUUUUGUUUUGUUUUGUUUUGUUUUUUACAGACAAAAAUCAAUGGCAUUCACCUUCUUAGAGUUCUAGGGCAGUGGUUCUCAAAAUUAUUUGGCCUUAGGACCUCUUAAAAAUUAUCAAGGACUCUAAAGAGCUUUUGCUUAUGUGGGUUAUAAACUAGAGACAUUUAUCAUACUAAAGCUUAAAACAGAAAAGUUUAAAACAAUACAAAAGUACAUUCCAUUAGCCGUGAGAGUGAUGUAUGUAAAUAUAUAUCAUGUAACUUCUGGAAAACUCCACAGUACAUUUUUGAGAUGAGAGUGAAAAAGGCAAGUAACAUCUUAGUAUUAUUAUGAAAAUCGUUUUAACUUUGUAUACUAUGUGAAAUAGUCUCAGGGACCUGUAAGACAGGGUCCACACUAGUAGAAUCCAUGCUCUAGAGGACAAAUCCAUUCCUCUUGCCUUGGCACGUGCAUUUUCCGCUGGAGCCACUGCUAACCUCUUCAACCCCAAUCCUGGUACCCUCCAGGCCUUCUCUCAAGGCUCAUGACACCAAAGGGCUAUUCUUUUGCUCCAGUAGCCUCCCACCCACCCUCCCUGGGUCCCAGAGCUUUGCUCCAUCUCCCUGGUCCACCCUCGCUUUCUCUGGGCUCCAGACCAGGCCAGCCUUGUCUUCCCCUUAGACCCCGCGCCCGUCCCACUUGUGCGGUUCACCACGUUUGUAUAUAAGUCGUUGUUAAAUUCUGUCUCCACCCCUCCCCCUCCCCCCUCCCCGCUCCUGGAAGGCUGGAACGAGUCAAUCUGUUCACUGCUGUAUCUCCGGGGCUCGACCUGGGCCUGGCGCACACUGGAGGGCGCUUCGGCAUAAGAUUAUAGUAUUUUUCUUUUCGUUUCAAGUAUUCAAAAACAGGUCUUGGUGAAGUAACUACUGGACGAAGGAAGCUGUGGCUCGACUUGAGGACAUCCGAGGGGCAGGGUGGUGGGCCAGACCUAUAUAGGGAGGAGGGGGGUGUUUUGGGUGAAAUAAAGUUGCGUUCUGGUGCUUCCA